AUGGAUUUCAAGGAUCCUUUUCCUCCGUCUUUUGGUAAUGAGUAUAUUCUGGUGGCAGUGAAUUACGUGUCCAAGUGGGUGGAAGCAAUAGCAACUCUAAGGAAUGAUGCGAAGAUUGUGGUCAAGUUUGUGAAGAAGUACAUUUUCUCCUGGUUUGGUAUGCCAAGAUCAUUUAUCACUGACAAUGCGACUCAUUUCUGCAAUAAGUUGCUAAAGAAACUCCUGGUUAAGUAUGGGAUUUACCACAGGUUAUCUACACCAUAUCAUUCCCAGACCUGUGGGCAAGUUGAGCUGGCAAACAGGGAGAUCAAGUCCGUCCUAGAGAAAGUGGUGAGUCCUAACAGAAAGGAUUGGUCACUAAAGUUAGAUGAUGCACUUUGGGCUCUCAGGACUGCAUUCAAGACUCCUAUUGGUGUGUAUCCCUUCAAGCUUGUCUACGGGAAGUUAUGCCAUUUACUUGUUGAGUAUGAACACAAGGCUUAUUGGCAGUUUCAAAGAUGGGUAGGCCCGUUCAAGGUGAUUGAGCAGUCUCCAUCUGGUGCGGUCACCAUUGUUGGCACUACUGGAGAUCCAUUUGUGGUUAAUGGUCAGAGGUUGAAGUAUUUUAAUACUCUUGACUCAAAGGAGGAGGUGGCUAAUUUGGAAUAUGAGAAGUAUGCAUCUUUGGGAGGUUUCGAUGUAAGAUGCAGCACAAUCAGGAAGAAUCGAGAUGGGGAAGUAGAAGUGAAGUAUUUGUUGUGUUCUAGGGAAGGGCACACAAGCAGCGAACCAGACGGGACCAAAACUACUAGUGAGGACAUCACACCAAACAUAAAGACCCGACGACGAGUAUCAAACCGGGUGGGUUGUAAGGCAAGAUGUGGCAUUAGGCGGCACAAACAUGGAUACUAUGUCGUGACCGUAUUGCAAGAACAACACAACCACUCCCUCUGCUCAGAAUUGGCAAGACCAUUCCUGAAAAUAAAUCGUACUUUGGAUAUUGGUCAUCAAGAAUUCAUAGCAGCCUGUGCAAAAGCCAACAUAGGCACAUCAAAAGCAUUCGACCUAUACAAAGAACUAACAGGUGGUUUUGAUAAAAUUGGGGCAACAUGUGUGGACUUUAGAAAUUGCAAAAGAGACGUAAAUGCGCACCUGCAUGAAGCCGAUGCGCAAGCAGUGAUAGACAAAUACAGGCAAAAACAGACAUUGUUCCCAGCCUAUACAUUCGAGUAUGAUGUAGACGAAGAAAACCAACUACGAAGACUAUUCUGGGCUGACCCAAUAGCGAAAGAGAACUACACACAGUUUGGAGACAUGGUUUCUUUUGAUGCUACAUACCGCACCAAUAGGUACAAAAUGGUAUUCGUGCCUUUUACCGGGAUUGAUAACAAUAAGCGGUGCGUGACUUUUGCAGCAGGUCUCAUCUCAAGAGAGGAUACACUCUCUUACGUAUGGCUACUUACCAAAUUCAAGAGUAGCAUGGAUCAUACACCUACCUGCAUAAUAACAGAUCAAGACCCAGCAAUGAAGGAAGCAAUACCACAGGUGUUCCCUGAGACAAGGCACCGUUUCUGUAUGUGGCACAUCAUGACAAAAGUGGGAGUAAAGGCGGGUGGGAAAUUAGCCAAGGACGAAACAUUCCGGAAGAAACUAAAUGCAGUGGUGUGGAAUGAAUCUCUAGGGCGUGAAGAUUUCGAAGCAAACUGGCAUGCAGUAAUGGCAAAGUACGGCCUAGGAAACAACAAGUGGUUCACAGACCUGUUUGCCGAGAGAAUGAAUUGGAUAGAGGCAUAUUUCAACAACGUGUAUAUGGGUGGACUUAUGCGAACAACAUCAAGGUCUGAGGCCGAAAACAGUGUAUUUGGAACAUGUAUCAAUAAAGGUGGAACACUGUUAGAGUUCUUCACACAAUUUGAAAGUGUGAUUGAAAUGCAAUGUCACAAGCAAUCACGAUUAGUUGCAGAGUCUGAAGCUUUCUUCCCACCUAUAAAGACACCACUAAUGAUUGAGAAGCACGCAUCCUCAAUAUACACAAUUACGAUGUUUUACGAUGUCCAAACAGAGAUAUACGAAGGGUGCUUCUCAUGCAAAAUCACAAACAAAGAUCACGAAGGAGAUAAGUAUGUGUACACAAUAAAGGAAGGGCAAACAAGGAUUUUUACAGUAAAAUAUGAAAGAGCAAACAACGAAGUCGAGUGCUCCUGUGGCAAGUUCAACAGGGUGGGGAUUUUAUGCAGGCAUGCAUUUGUAGUUUUAAAGGAUGAGGAUGCUGAAAUGAUACCACCAAAGUACAUAGUUCCUAGGUGGACCAAAAAUGCUUGGGCACAAAACACAAGCUCAACAGGCAAAGACCAAAGUGCAACAUGCAAUAAAGAAGUAGAUGACGCGAAAGUAGCAGCACAACUGUGGAAAGAAUUCUACAACUGCAUGGCAUUAUCAAAGGGGGACACGUCAGAGAUGAAAGAAAUGUUGAACUUUAUGCUGGAACACAAAGGUAAACUAUUAAAGAGCAAAGGGAAGAUACAGGAUAAAAGCAACAACAGUCCGUUACUGGAGACAUUUUAUGGCACACCUGCAAGCACUACCAUAACAGUGAAGCCACCACAGAUAUCAAAGAACAAAGGAAGCGGAAAGCGUUUAAAGAGUGCCCGCGAAAAAGCAAUAGAAAAGAACAAGAAAGAUGGGCGAAAAUGUCAUUAUUGUGACGAACAACCAGCACGACACGACUUCCGUAACUGUCCCCUCAACCCAAACAAAAAGAAGAAGCAAAAUAAGAAAGUGAAGGCAUAG